AUGGCUAACAAUCACCCACGUGAUGAUCCGUUUGCGGAUUCCGACGAAGAUAUCCUGUUUGAUCUAGGGCCUUCUGACACGAGGCACAGUAGGACCGGGUAUCAGCAAAAUGUCGCCGGUGGGUAUUCACCUUAUGACGGACGUGUUGUCAUUAACAGUGCAUAUGAUGCUGCUGAUCCAUUUUUUGGUACGAAUGAGCAUUUGCCGAAUCUAAGCGGCCAUCCAGUUGAAGAUCCGUUCUACGAUCCAGAUGAUAAUUCGAUCGUUCCAGAUAUAACUGAUACACAAAACGGUUCGUCUUAUCCGGCAGAAAACAAGCCUCAAGGAUUGCGCAAUAUCUACAACAAUAUGAAGUCGAAAUUGACGAUGGGCGAUUACAGACCGCCUACCGCUUCAGCAGACGAAGAGCUCUACCAGGAUUCCAGGCCCCCACCAGAUCGCGAUCUCAGCGAGGACUUCAAGAACAUGUUCGAUAUACGCAGAAUAGUAAAGAAAAUACUAAGAAAGCCGCAAGAUGAUGCUUCUCAAGGACCAAGAAUUAUUCAUCUUAACGAUGCUGCGUCGAAUAAUGCUUUUGGAUACAUGGAUAACCACAUCAGUACCACCAAAUAUAACGCUGCAACGUUUGUGCCGAAGUUUUUGUUUGAACAAUUCUCCAAAUACGCGAAUUUGUUUUUCCUUUUCACGUCUAUAAUCCAGCAAGUUCCAAAUGUUUCGCCUACCAAUCGCUAUACCACGAUAGGUACUCUGGCGAUUGUACUGCUGGUUUCUGCCCUCAAAGAAAUCACCGAGGACUUCAAAAGAAUGAGUGCGGAUAACGAGUUGAACAGAGCAAAAGUGGAGGUUUUGGAGGCAGAAACUGGGAAUUUCGUCCACAAAAAGUGGAUCAAGGUGUUUGUGGGUGACAUUGUUCGUGUCAGGAAUGGCGACCCAUUUCCUGCAGAUUUGAUUUUGUUGAACUCUUCAGAGCCUGAAGGAAUAUGCUAUGUGGAAACUGCCAAUCUGGAUGGUGAGACCAAUCUGAAGAUCAAGCAAUCGAAGACAGAUACGGUGAGCUUGGUGGAUUCGCGUGACCUAGCCAGGCUAAACGGAAAAAUCAAAUGCGAGCCUCCAAACAGUUCCCUCUAUACUUUCGAAGGAACCUUGUUCUUCAACAAUCAGGAAGUGGCUCUCUCUCCAGACCAAUUACUUCCAAGAGGUGCCAGUCUGCGAAACACGGGUUGGGUGCACGGUAUUGUAAUAUUCACAGGCCACGAGACAAAACUCAUGAGAAACGCUACUGCCGCCCCCAUCAAGAGAACUGAUGUUGAACGAGUCAUCAAUUUGCAAAUUAUUGCGCUUUUUGGUAUCCUUAUUACGCUCUCUGUGGUCUCCUCCUUUGGUGAUUUGAUCACUAUGAUUUCCAACGCCAAGAACAUGAAGUACCUUUAUUUGGAGGGAACCAACAAACUAUCCAAGUUUUUCUUGGACUUGCUGACCUAUUGGAUCUUAUUCUCUAACCUGGUACCAAUUUCGUUGUUUGUUACAGUUGAAAUCAUCAAGUACUACCAGGCAUGGAUGAUUGCCUCUGACGUUGACAUGUACUAUGAGCCUACUGAUACCCCCACUGUGUGCCGCACCUCGUCACUCGUGGAGGAACUGGGACAGAUUGAGUACGUAUUCAGUGAUAAGACGGGAACCCUAACCAGAAACAUCAUGGAGUACAAAACAUGUUCCAUUGCUGGAAAAUGUUACAUCGAGGAGAUCCCUGAGGAUAGCAGGGCUGAAAUCGUGGAUGGUGUCGAGACUGGAUAUCAUAGUUUUGCAGAUUUGAAAGCUGAACUAGCCACUGGUAGUUCGGAUGCAAAGAUAAUCAACGAGUUCUUCACACUUUUGGCUACUUGUCACACAGUCAUUCCAGAAGUGUUGGAGACUGGUGAGACCAGAUACCAAGCUGCUUCUCCAGACGAAGGAGCCCUAGUGGAUGGUGCCGCUUCAUUAGGUUACAAAUUCACCAUCAGGAAACCAACAGGAGUGUUCAUUGAGGUGGACGGAGAGGAACAGUGGUACGAAUUGCUCAAUAUCUGCGAGUUCAACUCCACGCGUAAAAGAAUGUCUGGACUUUUCCGUUGUCCCGAUGGGACUAUCAAGUUAUACACCAAGGGUGCAGAUACAGUGAUUUUGGAGAGACUGCAAGACGAAAAUCCGUUUGUGGACGUUACUUUGAAGCACAUGGAAGAGUUUGCUGCUGAAGGACUGAGAACUUUGUGUAUCGCAACCAGAAUCAUACCCGAGAAGGAGUAUCAGGAAUGGAACAAGAUUUUUCAGAAGGCCUCAACCACCUUGGUUGAUAGAUCGCAAGCAUUGGAUGAUGCUGCUGAGCUCAUCGAGAAAGAUCUUUUUCUACUUGGUGCCACUGCGAUUGAGGACAAACUACAAGAUGGUGUUCCUGAAACUAUCCACACACUGCAAACAGCAGGAAUUAGGGUCUGGGUUUUAACUGGUGACCGCCAAGAGACCGCAAUCAACAUCGGUAUGAGUUGCAGACUUUUGAGUGAAGAUAUGAACCUGCUGAUUGUCAACGAAGACAACAAGGAGGAUACGAGGCAGAACCUCACGGAGAAAUGCGAAGCCUUGAGAGAAAAUGAUCUUUCGCAGGAGGAUAUGGAGUCCCUUGCUCUGGUCAUUGAUGGAAAGUCGCUGGGAUUUGCUCUGGAGAGUGAUCUGGAAGAUAUGUUUUUGGAGAUCGGUUUGCUCUGUAAAGCAGUAAUCUGCUGCAGAGUUUCUCCAUUGCAAAAGGCAUUGGUUGUAAAACUGGUGAAGAGAAAGAAGAAGGCUCUGUUGCUUGCAAUCGGGGAUGGUGCCAACGAUGUUAGCAUGAUUCAGGCGGCCCAUGUGGGCGUAGGAAUUAGUGGUAUGGAAGGAAUGCAAGCUGCAAGAAGUGCGGACUUUGCUAUUGGUCAAUUUAGGUUUCUGGAGAAACUGUUACUGGUGCAUGGAUCCUGGUCAUAUCGAAGAAUUAGUCUGGCAAUCCUGUACUCGUUUUACAAGAAUAUUGCCCUCUAUAUGACUCAGUUCUGGUAUGUGUUCUCUAACGGAUUCAGCGGCCAAUCGAUAAUGGAAUCAUGGACUUUGACGUUCUACAAUGUGAUUUUCACCGUUCUACCCCCUUUUGUGAUUGGAGUGUUUGAUCAAUAUGUUUCAGCCCAGAUGCUCACCAGAUACCCUCAGAUGUACAAGGCUGGUCAAAGAAGAGAAUUCUUCAACGUUGAAACUUUCUGGAGUUGGGCCAUCAAUGGUUUCUACCAUAGUGCCAUUUUAUACUUGGGUGCCAUCAACAUCUACAAAUACGGCAACCAACUCCACGACGGCCACAUAGUUGAUCAUUGGUCAUUUGGUGUCGCGCUUUAUUCAGCCUGUAUGUUUACUGCCCUGGGUAAAGCAGCACUAGUUUCGAGUGUUUGGACGAAAUUCACGUUAAUUGCGAUUCCAGGGUCUAUUUUGCUGUGGCUGUGUCUGUACCCACCGUAUGCCUACAUCGCACCCAAGGUCAAUGUCUCCAAGGAACUGCUCGGAACGGUCCCAGUGGUGUACAACUCCAUGAACUUUUGGUUCAUGAUCUUUAUUCUGCCGGUUCUGUGUCUUUCAAGAGACUUUUUGUGGAAAUACUACAGGAGAAUGUAUCGUCCAGAGACUUACCAUGUCGUUCAAGAGCUCCAGAAAGCAAAAUACCAGGAGACUGGACCACGCUCCGAGUCUUUCCGCAAUUCGCUUAAGCGACUCAGACAAUCUGUCAGAAUGAGAAAGAGAACUGGUUUCGCAUUUGAUCAAGGUGGAACGGACCAGGAUAGGUUGAUGAAGCUGUUUGAUACUACCAAGAAGAGAGAUGAUGGAUUUGUCAGGGCGCAGGUAAAUGAGUCCUUCCUUUGA